AUGGUGACAUAUUUUCCUGAAUAUGACUUUGAGGCUGAAUUCAACGAUUUCUCCAAGAAACCAGUCACGAAUUGGGCUUCAAGCAGAAUAGGAGCGUAUGCCGCUAAACUCGAUGCGGCUCAUUUGGAGUAUCCAAGAAACCGAUUCAAUCCUGGGAAAACGGUCCCUUUGCACAAACUCAUGGAGAUAGCGAAUGAUUCCUUUGGAUUUGAUGGGUGGUCAAGAUCGAUAUGUGACAUGGAAGUGGAGAUCAAUUCAGGAAGGCGAAUCGGCGAUACUCAUGACGAUGCUCCCACCGAUGGCAAUGGCAGUGACGGAAGCGAACUGGAAUUCGAUAUAGCAGUUUCAGCGACAAUCAAAGUCACUCUCAAAGACGGAACCUAUAAUGAAGCUCAGGCGAUUGCAAAAAGUCACACAAAUUCUAAGAUUAUGGCCAUAGAACGAUGCAAGAGACAGGCACUCUCAGACGCUACCAGAUUUUGUUUCGAGGGGUUCACCACGAUGAUCCUGACGCACCAAGAGCGUCUCAAGGCAGGCUACUACGGCAGGUGA